AUGAGCAAAGAAGAAAAAGGCUCCGAAGAGAUGGAUACUGGGAAUAAUGAAAAAGAAAGCGACAGAUAUGAGUAUUACGUACUUGUAGAGCACGACCACCAAGGCUCAGAAGAAAAAGAAGAUGAAAAAGACGAAAAGCCCCAGAAGAAGCAAAAGCGAGAAGACUCAGAUUUCCUCAAUAUUAAAAAAGGAGAUGUAAUCAAGGUAAUAUUUAAAGACGAGUCCGGAUGGACCUGGGGCCAAAAAUACAACACAAAACUUAAACAGGUAGAAGGUAAAGCAGGCUGGUUCCCGACUUCGUUCGCCAAAAACUACUUCACAGCAAUCAAGGCUGAGCGUAAUUCAGAACUCAACAGAUUAG